UUAUCAGCUGAUGCCUUACGUAGCGCUGGAUCCCCACUUUGCUAAGGCAGGUCCGGGUGGACGAGCCAACGUGCGUUUUCCGAGUAGCAACCCCAGGCAUGGUGGAGAGAGGCCAGGGAAGGGCAGAAGACCAUCUCUAGAAAGCAAGUACCUGCGUGGCUUCUUCAGCAUCCGGCUGUUCCCCAGGGCGCCACUGCCUGGAGAAGGGGGUGGGGGAGCCGGCAGGGAGCAAUCCUGGACCAGCGACUGUUCUGACGCACCAGCCGGGUUCCAGGCAUCCACCGGCAGAGGCGAUCCCAAGGAUGCUCUGCUGCGGGCGACCAGACAGCGGUCUCCGCCGAGGUGAGGAAACACAGGCAUGUGAUAGAUUAGGCGGUCCCUGGCUUCUAGACUCAGCCCCUUGAGUCCGCUUUCCAAACCCCCAAGGAUACCGAGACUGUGCGGCUUGAAGCCUAGCUCCUCUCUGCCACCGUCUCCUCCAGACUCUUACUGAUUGGAGAUUGGGGCCAGAGUCACGGGCUCUUGGCAGAAACCUCUCCACUAGUCAGUGGUCGCAAGCAUUUCUAGAUUGACUCUGGUCGGCUCGGUGACUACACUGAAUCUGAACGCAGGUGUCCUGGACCAGCGAUGGAUCUGCCUGUAAACUUGACCUCCUUUUCUCUCUCCACUCCCUCUUCUUUGGAACCCAAUCGCAGCCUCGGUGCGGAAGACCUGCGCCCUAGUCGGCCUUUUCUCUCAGUUUUCCGAGUGCUAGUUCUGACCUUGCUAGGUUUUCUAGCCGCGGCCACAUUUGCUUGGAACCUGCUGGUGCUGGCCACCAUCCUCAGGGUACGCACCUUCCACCGCGUGCCACACAACCUGGUGGCGUCUAUGGCCAUCUCGGAUGUGCUGGUGGCUGCGUUGGUCAUGCCACUGAGUCUGGUGCACGAACUGUCCGGGCGGCGCUGGCAGCUGGGCCGGCGGCUGUGCCAGCUGUGGAUAGCGUGUGACGUGCUCUGCUGCACAGCCAGCAUCUGGAAUGUGACAGCCAUAGCCCUGGACCGCUACUGGUCUAUCACACGCCACCUGGAGUACACGCUCCGCGCCCGCAAGCGCGUCUCCAACGUGAUGAUCGUGCUCACCUGGGCACUCUCUGCAGUCAUCUCUCUGACCCCGCUGCUCUUCGGCUGGGGGGAGACGUACUCUGAGCUCAGCGAGGAGUGCCAGGUCAGUCGCGAGCCUUCCUACACCGUGUUCUCUACCGUGGGCGCCUUCUACCUGCCGCUGUGCGUGGUGCUCUUCGUGUACUGGAAGAUUUACAAGGCCGCGAAGUUCCGCGUGGGCUCCAGGAAGACCAACAGCGUCUCCCCCGUUCCCGAAGCUGUGGAGGUGAAGGAUGCUACACAACAGCCCCAGAUGGUGUUCACGGUCCGCCACGCCACCGUUACCUUCCAGACAGAUGGCGACACGUGGCGGGAGCAGAAGGAGCAGAGGGCGGCCCUCAUGGUGGGCAUCCUCAUCGGGGUGUUUGUGCUCUGCUGGCUUCCUUUCUUUGUCACAGAGCUCAUUGGUCCCCUGUGCUCCUGGGACAUCCCUGCCCUCUGGAAGAGCAUCUUCCUGUGGUUGGGCUACUCCAACUCCUUCUUCAACCCGCUCAUCUACACAGCCUUCAACAGGAGCUACAGCAGUGCUUUCAAGGUCUUCUUCUCUAAGCAACAGUGAGGGGCCAUCUGGCAGUGCCUUCUUCCCGUAGCUCAGUGGACUGUCCUGUCCCAUGAACCUUUGCAGUCUGCCCAGCAGUCCUGAGGACAAGAUCCAUCUGCCAAGGGCACCAGGGUCACAUCAGAGCUCAGCUCACUUCACGUCUGUGCUCAUAGGUUGGGAGUUGUCUUCUCCUGAAGGCUCUGGUGGCUUAUGUCCCCAAUCUGGAGACUCUCCCUCACUCUGUACCAGCAGCCACGGACCUGGUCCACAAAGUGCCCAUUCCUCCUCUAAAUUCACUCCAGCGUGGCCAUGAGAAAAGCAGACAGGAGGGAGGAGAGAGGGAGUGAACCAGCUCAGGCAGGUAGAGAGAGGCAGAAAGAAUGACAAGACCUAGAGCUGCUGGAGAUCACACACACACACACACACACCUGGAAACCCAGCACUCAGGAGACUAA